AUGAUUUUUAUCAAGGCUAUAGCAGGAGUUUUAAUAACUAUUAUUAUUAUAUGUGAUGGACAAUUUUUAACGCCAGAUCAAUUACGAGAACAACAAGAUCUUGGUUAUGGAGCUCGAACACAUUAUGAUUUAUCGGGAGGUCGACUAACAGAUAUGUUCAAUCGUAUCAAUCCCGAUUAUUUACUUCGAGGUUUUUUUCCAUUUUGGUCAGUUGUACUUAUUGCUUUUGCACUUGUAUUUCUAACAAUAGCUGUUAUUGGACUUAUUGGUUAUUUAUUAGGAUGUCGUCGACCAACUGCGGAAGAAAUUUAUGUAAAAGAAUUUCAACGAAUACCACCAGAUGAUGAAUUUUUAUUAGGUAAUGAUGGUUCUACAAAUGCAAAUGGUAUUCAAAUAUCAACAAAUGAAUAUUUUAAUAAUAAUCAAGAUUUUCCUUAUAAAUCAUCACCACUUGCAGAACGAACACGUAUUGGACAGAGUGGUGAAGAUAUGGUGUAA